AUGAAAGGCUGCCUGGUAAGAAGCUCGACACUAUCUGCGCGAAGCUAUAGCUCCCGAGUCUCUCCUCAACAAGUGGCUCAGGUUGUCUUGGGAGCUCGCAAGCACGACGUACAUCAAGAACAGCUCUCGAACGUCAAAAACCAUAUAAGUGAAAGAAAAAAGCCAGGAAGCCCAAUUUUUGACAGGAGAGCUGGGGACAGGGCCAAAUUACUGUACGAGCGGUAUAAUCCUGGUUAUUCCAGUGUCGCAGCUUCACGUUUGGGUAACGCCAACUACUUCUUUAAUGCAGCAGAGGUCACAUACGAAUGGAGUGCAUCUUCAUUCUGGGAUAUACCAGGGGAGAAGCUGAAAGCACGGGUAGAGCAGCAGGUUUUGAAUCAAGAACCUGCAACAGAUCAUGGUGAGAAUUCUCGACCCAAAAACGUCUCCACGGCGAGAAAAUAUCCGGGGAAAACAGACGGAAUACCGUUUGAGCUACUGAAUGGGCUUCCUGAGGUAGCCUUUUUGGGACGUUGCAAUGCCGGGAAAUCAACCCUUUUGAACAACAUGACGACGGAAUUCUCGAAGAUAAAACUCGAUGAAUAUGCCAAAACGUCGAAAAAGGCUGGCUUUACGAAAACUAUCAACUGUUUUAACGUUGGAAGACGAUUCCGUCUGAUCGAUACACCUGGAUACGGUGUAAAAGGUACAUUCGAGCAAGGAGAACUAAUAAUGCGAUAUUUGAGAGAAAGAAAGGAAUUGAAGAGGGUUUACUUGCUGAUUUCUGCAGAACAAGGCUUUACGGAAACCGAUUCCCAAAUAGUAGAGUUUUUGACCAAGUUCGGGAUCCCAUACGAAAUCGUAUUCACAAAGCUGGACAAAGUCAGUAAUUUGUCCCGACUUCAUCAAGUGAUCGAAGACAGUGGUGUUUUGGAAUUGCCUACAAUGCCGCGAAUGCUAUUUCUCAACUCGAUCACCAAUUCACAAUGUCCUAAAAGACUGGGAAUAAGCAGUUUACGAGAUUCUAUACUGGAAAGUUGUGGUUUGGAGCAAGCCGUUAAACCUUUAAAAUUCAAGAGUAAGAGACAAUGA